UUUCUCCGUCCCUUUUCGCCCCGAAGAGCAGGGGACGUGCCCUGGACAAAGAUGGCCGCCGGCUGGCCCCGCCCCUUAGGCGCUGCAGGGCUUGGGGCAGGCUGGAGAGGUGGUUAGCCUGGGCGAAGUUGCGCUGAAACCGUCCCUGCCCUUCCCGGACGCCCAAGGCCAAUUUGCGGGACUUUGCACACCCCCGGGCAGGGCCUUGCUCGGGCGAGGGGGUGGCGCAACUCCAGAGCCAUGUUCGCCUUCAUAGCACGGAACAUGGCAAAGCCAUCGAGUUUGCUGAAACCUGUGGCGUUGGGGAAGCUUCCGGGCAGGUACCUUGCCCACCAGGAAGGCCUGCCCAGCCUCCCUGUGCCUCCUCUCCAGCAGACCUUGGACCGCUACCUGUUGGCCCUUGAACCCAUUAUCAGUGGGGAGGAACUGAGCCACACCAAGGAGCUGCUGGAGGACUUCCGGAAGCCAGGGGGUGUCGGAGAACGGCUCCAGAAAGGGCUGGAGAGGCGAGCCAGGAAGCACGAGAACUGGCUCUCCGAUUGGUGGUUGAAAACGGCAUACCUAGAAUACCGUCUGCCUGUGGUGGUUCAUUCAAGUCCAGGAGUCGUAUUGCCCAAGCAGGAUUUUCUGGAUCGCCAAGGGCAGCUUAGGUUUGCAGCGAAGUUGAUCGAGGGAGCCUUGCACUUCAAAACGAUGAUUGACAACGAGACGCUUCCUGUGGAGUUUCUUGGCGGCAGACCCCUCUGCAUGAACCAGUACUACCAAAUCCUCUCUUCCUGCCGCAUUCCCGGCCCCAAACGGGACUCCGUCGUGAACUAUGCCAAAGGAAAGAAACCCUCGACCCACAUCACUGUGGUCCACAACUUCCAGUUCUUUGAGCUGGACGUGUACAACAGCGACGGAAGCCCCCUGACCACCGACCAGAUCUUUAUCCAGCUGGAGAAGAUUUGGAACACCUCCCUCCAGACCAACAAGGAGCCGAUCGGCAUCUUGACCACCAACCACCGCAACAGUUGGGCCAAGGCCUACAACAACCUCAUCAAAGACAAGACGAACAAGGAGUCCGUGCGCACCAUUGAGAAGAGCAUUUUCACUGUCUGCCUGGAUGCGCCCAUGCCCCGGGUCUCGGAUGAUAUCUACAGGAGCCGUGUGGCCGCCCAGAUGUUGCAUGGCGGAGGAAGCCGCUGGAACAGCGGGAACCGUUGGUUUGACAAAACCCUGCAGUUUAUCGUGGCUGAGGAUGGCUCCUGCGGCUUGGUGUACGAACAUGCGGCCUCGGAGGGGCCCCCCAUAGUUGCCCUGCUGGAUCACGUUGUGGAAUACACGAAGAAACCAGAAUUGGUGAGAUCGCCCAUGAUUCCUUUGCCGAUGCCGAAAAAGCUGCGCUUUAACAUCACCCCGGAAAUAAAGAAUGACAUUGAGAAAGCAAAGCAAAAUCUUAACAUCAUGGUCCAAGACCUGGACGUCAGUGUGUUCGUCUUCCACCAGUUUGGGAAGAACUUCCCCAAGUCCGAGAAGAUCAGUCCAGAUGCUUUUAUCCAGAUUGCUCUGCAGCUGGCCUAUUACAGGAUGUACGGUCAGGCCUGUGCCACAUACGAGAGUGCCUCGCUCCGCAUGUUCCGCCUAGGUCGGACAGACACGAUCCGUUCUGCCUCCGUGGACUCGCUCAAGUUUGUGCAGGCGAUGGACGAUCUGAAUAAGCAGGACCAAGAAAAAGUCGAACUGCUAAGGAGAGCUACACAGGCCCAUCGGUCCUAUACUGAUCAGGCGAUUCAAGGGAACGCGAUUGACCGACACCUCCUGGGCCUGAAGCUCCAAGCCAUCGAAGACCUCGUCAGCAUGCCCGAACUCUUUAUGGAUACCGCCUACGCGGUUGCGAUGCAUUUCAACCUCUCCACCAGCCAGGUCCCCGCCAAGACUGACUGCGUCAUGUGCUUCGGCCCUGUCGUUCCCGACGGCUACGGCAUCUGCUACAACCCCAUGGCCGACCACAUCAACUUUGCCAUCUCGGCCUUCAACAGCUGCGCCGAGACCAACGCAGCCCAGAUGGCGCAUUACUUGGAGAAGGCCCUCUUGGACAUGAGACUCCUGCUCCAAUCAAACCCCAAAUCCAAACUUUAAGGGCAAGCCACGAGGCUCCCGAAGCCAACCCAGUGCGCAGUCUCCGGAUGUGGGGCAGGCUUUCCACCUGACGAACGCAGGUCCUGUUCUGCAUCCCUAGGACUACAAAGCGGAAAAUAAUCUCUCCUUGGAUGUCGCCCGGAACAGGGUGGGUGGGAUCUGACUUGAGCAGCCCCCCAGGUUUCUUCGGAAACGGGGGCGAGACGCUGAUCUCCCUUGAGUUGCGUUUUAAUUUUUGGUGUGGAAACCUGAGCGUAGGAAAUGCAUCCUUCCUGUAAGUUAACUCAUUGCCGUCUGCGGGAAAUCCCUGCCUGCUUUGCAUGGAGGACUUAACAUGACUUGAAGAGGCCUUCUCGGAGUGUCUCUCUUGCCCAGCCAUGGUGGUGUGGUUAGCAUGUUGAAUGUGUUAGAGGGCUGAGAUCCAAAGGCAAGGAGAUCUGGUCCCGUUAGGGUGCUUUCUGGUGCUAGCCUAAGGCAGAGGAUCUCUCCUGAGAGUUUUGGGGUGUCUGCACUUUUGACGCCCAGAAGACCUCCCCUCUGGCCGCCCGUUUGGAAUUUUCCGUUUUAACCUCUUGCCCAAUUUGAGAAUCUGUUGUGAGCCCUCCGUCACUGUACCCGGCACUCUUGUUACAGGCCCGGAUGUUUUUACUGUUGAGCCAUAAAGCUCUUUCCUUGUUGAAGAACCAGCAGGCUUCUGUCCCAGCCGUCUGUCCGUAAGUCACAGUAUUCUUGCCUCUGGCACCCUUGAUCCUUGAGUGCACGAGUGCCGAGAAGUCCUAAAUAGUUGUGAUGUGCCAGGAGACCUCUUGGAAACCCUUUGACACUACUUGGAGAGAAGCCGGGAGCUAAACUGGCAUUGCUGGCAGCUGAUUUGCCAUUUUUGUACCCGUGGCGGUGUCUGUAUUCUCCAUCAGUGGAGGAUUGCGCGCAGAGUGGGUUGUUCCUCCCACUCGCUCUGUGGGGCUGGGCCAUGCAAAAGGUAGAGAAGUGGACCCUUUGAGUAGGAGCCCCCUGCCCCCGGCUGCAAUCCUGCGUGAUCCACAGACACCGAGCGUUUUUGGAGCCCCCGUUUUGUUUUCUCUGGACGUCUCUACUCUCUGCCCCCCAGAUUACUUAGUUCUACAUUCUGAUGCAUGUGGGAGAGGGUCAAGAGGCUCCAGCACUAGUCUUCAGCUGGGGGGUUAGGACCCACAAGUGGGCCCCACCCUUGAUCUAAGAGGGCUUGCGCUGUUGGUAUCACUGGCUGGUGGAACAUAGGAAGCUGCCAUAUACUGAGUCAGACACUUGGUCCAGCUAGUGCAGUAGUGUCUGCACAGACUGGCAGCGGCUUCUCCAAGGCUACAGGCAGGAGUCUCUCUCAGCCCUAUCUUGGAGAUGCUGCUAGGGAGGGAACUGGGCUCCGUCUGCAUGCAAGCAAGCAAGUGCUCUUCCCAGAGUGGCCCCAUCCCCUAAGGGGAAGAUCUUACAGCGCUCACAUGUAGCCUCCCAUUCAAAUGCAAACCAGGGUGGGCCCUUCUUAGCAAAGGGGACGAUUCACACUUGCAGCUACCAGACCCUCUCUCCUCCAUGUUCUGAUGACUGGCAUUGCCGACGUCUUCCUCCAUCAGCAUCAGAGCUCCCCUCUGUUGUCUCUUUCUUGAGUUCAGAUUCUGUUGUAAUUUGUGAUGGUUUCCGCAAAAUACCAGUGAGGGAAGCUGCCCGCCUGCUGCAGUUUCGCAAAGCACCAGUGAGGGAAGCUGCCCGCCUGCUGCAGUUUCGCAAAGUACCAGUGGGGGAAGCUGCCCGCCUGCUGCAGUUUCGCAAAGUACCAAUGAGGGAAGCUGCCCGCCUGCUGCAGUUUCGCAAAGUACCAGUGGGGGAAGCUGCCCGCCUGCUGCAGUUUCGCAAAGUACCAGUGGGGGAAGCUGCCCGCUCCAGUUUCGAAGUAUCGCAGAGCCUUAUUGUUACAGUUAACCGAGAACAAGCAUGGAGAUUGUCGUGCAGUAUAAAGUAAAUCGGACUUAUUAGGUUAAGUACAUUUGAGAUGGGAAAGACUAUGAGAUAGGAAAGACUUAACUAUGAGCUACAUCGUGAAUAGGAGGGCAGGGGAGAGAGAUGUUCCCAUCUGUUCUCCAGGGAGAAAUGAACUAGGACUGACUCACUAUAGGAAAUACCUGAGGCAGGGGUCAUAGAGGCUAAUUGGGGACAGGUAAGGGGACCCUCACUCACUGCCUCUAGCCCGAUGCCCCUAGUGGUCAUUGGGAAAGUGAGUGCGGAAGGUCAAUGCACUGGAACUUCAACAGUUCCAAGUGAUGACUUUACUUUGGGGGCGGAGGAGGUGGGGCGGGGGAUAAAACAAGUUCCUGGAGAUGCCCAGGAUUGAACCCGAGACCUUUUGCUUGUGGUGCGUGUGCUCCGUUCCCUGAGCUGUGGCUGUCCCGGAAACAACAAAGCUGCCUUUUGUGGAGUCUGGCCACUGCUUUGCUUAUUCCAGUAUUGUCGCCUCUGACUGGCAGCAUAUCUCCAGUGAACUAUCGACAUAGUGACACAGUCAGGAAAUCAGUUUCUCUCUCUCUCUCUCUCUUUCUCUCUCAUAUAUGUGCCAUGUUUUAAACUUGGGAUGUCCUAAAGAAAUUCCGGGGUGUUUGUUUUUAGUGAAGUCAUCACUCAAGAAAAGGACAAGAGCUAUUACGCUGUUGGAGGAAGCGUUCCACAAUCCCAGUCUGCAGAAUGUUAGUUGUGCCCAAGUCCCAAAAAAUCAAGGUGGUCGACAAAGAUAAACCAAACCAAAGCCCCAUUCAUUACAAUAGGGCUUAAGCACAACCAACUGUGUCUGGAUUGGGGCCCCAGUGAGUGGGAUGUAGCCUGCAGCUGCUACACACACACAAAGCCUCCUUGGGUGACCAGCAGUUUCACCUGCACACGGGUUGCUAGUCUUGCUUGGAUCACCAAAAAGCAUUAUCGAAUGGGGUUCCCUCUCUGCUGAGAACCAGCCCUGGGAAACUUGAUUCAAGUGCCUUUGGAACAAAAGGGGUGUAGGUAGGUAGGUGUGUGUGUGUGUGUGUGUGUGUGUGUCUUUGGAGUCAGUAAAAAGUAAAGUGUGCCGUCGAGUUGGUGUCGACUCCUGGCGGCCACAGAGCCCUGUGGUUGUCUUUGGUAGAAUAGAGGAGGGGUUGACCAUUGCCUCCUCCCGCGCAGUAUGAGAUGAUGCCGUUCAGCAUCUUCCUAUAUUGCUGCUGCCCGAUAUAGUACUAGUGGGAAUUCGACCCGGCAACCUUCUGCUUGUUAGUCCAGCAUUUCCCCACUGUGCCACUUAAGUAUACUAAUUUGGAGUCAGGCUGUAUAUACAUUAAAUUAAUACAAAUUUUAAAAAAGCUAAUCAGCUUUUUACCCUGCAAUCUUACCUGGUUAGAUAGGCAGGUAGAAGGUUCCUCCCUUCCUCCCAGCCUGGGAGUGUGUUCUGUGCCCUCUUAACGUAAGAGCGGAAGUUGUUACUCUGCUGUGAAUUCCGCAUCCUGAAACGAUUCAGUUUAAAAACGAGUUUCUAGUCCCUAAGCCUCUGAAGAUCAGAAGUCUGUGUGUGUGUGUGUGUGCUUUGCGUAUGGAAUGAUCACCGGAAAAUAUUAUUCAAGGUACACACACGAACCUCUGAGAGACAGCUCAGCUCAACCCCAUGGGAAUGGGUGUGUGUGUGUGUGUGUGUGUGUGUGUGUUCUUUUGGUCACUCUUUGCCAUUCUCCACGAUGGACAAGAAAUGGCUGAUGCAGCUUCUGAGAGUCUCCUUUUGCUUCCAGGCUGUAUGUCUUCCUAAGAGCGCAGACUCUAUGCUGAAUUUUUUUUUGUUAGCCUUAAGAGAUGCACAUUAAAACAUAGAACAUUGGAGUUGGGACCCAAGAGGUCAUCUAGACCAACCCUGCUGCUCUGUGCAGGAAACUGCUACCGCAUCUUGGAGCACACAUCUGCCCGGAGAGGGGCAGGCAGUUCUUAGGGAAAGUGCAAGUGCUGUUCUGAUCACUCCUCCUCCAUGAUUGCGUUUUUGGAUACUUUCGUUGAAUCAGGAGAGAAUCUUCAGGAAUCGGGAGAGGAUAUCAUUUCAGGCUUCAGUCUGAUGGGGAGGGCAGACCUAUAGCUGGGCAGAAAGGUAGCCUAAUACCAUAUUUAUCCGAACAGAAGGUGACCCUGAAUGUAAGACUCGUGCCUUAAAAGGUAGAGGUUAAAUAUUAGAGGACUCUGAAUCUUAGAUGACCCCCCCUCCCAAUAUUUAACAGGCAAGAACUAGGGAAAAAACCUUGCCUGAGAUUUGGGUGACUAGUAUGCUUAAAAUGACUGAAUUGCACUUUUUAAAAAAAAUAAAAAAUGUAAAUACAAACCAGGGCUUCGUGCUUGUCAGUUAUCCUAGUGCCUUAGCUCUUACUGGCCAGAAAACUGGAAGGUGGGAGCAAAUUGUUCUUCGCAAACAAGUGUGAGAGAAAUCUGCUUAUAUGCCUUCCCAUUUAUCCCUACAAAUAGGCCAGAAAAAAAUUUUUUGUGAAGAAAUAAAAGCCAAAUGUUCACGAAACAGGGCCUGGAAUUAUCCCUUAAGUGGGAUAAUUAAGUGGGCAGGUACGGAGGUCAAGCCAGAGAUUUUUAAUAGGGGAUUUUUUUAAAUAAUAAUUUAAUAUUUAACAAUUUAAUAAUAGAUUUUUAAUCAUAAUGAUCGCCAACCAGGUCCAGCUCUUGGGAGGGGAAAGGUGUUGCCCUUGAUGGUGGCUAUGUCAGUGUCGAGUGGGGUGUGUGUGUGUGUGUGCCAGUUUUAGCCCCUGCUGGUGCAAGAAUUUGACCGUGAUGGAUAUUUAUAAGUUCCCUAAGUGGUUUAUGUAGGUAGAUAUAACUAAAUUAAAUUAAAUUUUAUUGUGGCAGCUAUUAAAGCUGAGCAAUGGGUGUGAUGAUGCAAAUUAUGCAAAAUUCUGGACAAGCAAGUUCUCCCCUCCCUUGGAAUGAGCUGAAAGUUGGACUCCCUGAUGUCUUAGUUGUUGAUGCCAGGCAGAGGGCUGAGGUUAGGAGCGUAGGAGGCUGCCAUAUACUGAAUCAGACCCUUGGUCCAUCUAGCUCAGUAUCGUCUUCACAGACUGGCAGCAGCUUCUCUAAGGCUGCAGGCAGGAGUCUCUCUCAUCCCUAUCUGGAGAUGCUGCCAGGGAGGAAACUUGGAGCCUUCUGCUCUUCCCAGAGUGGCCCCAUCCCCGCAGGGGAAUGUCUUACAGCACUCACACAUGUAGUCUCCCAUCCAAAUGCAAACCAGGCUGGACCCUGCUUAGCAAAGGCGCCAAUGCAUUCCCGCUCCCACAAGACCCCAGCUCUCCUCCCUUAACCUGUUAACUUGCUUAACCGCAGAGGGAUAGAAUUGCUACCAUCUGCAUCGCAUUUCCUACUACUCCAGGAACUGUGUCGCAGAAUUGUGCUUAUUCUGUGACAGUCCCCAGUUCCGCGACAUCAGCAACCAUCCCAUGCAAACCGCUUCCCGCCACAAGCAGUUCGGUACCCAGGCUACUGUUGAGCAGUAUUCCCUCUUAACAGGGAUUCCCAGAUGAUGUUGACUACGACUCCCAGAAUCCCCAAGCAAAAGCCAUUGCAGCUGGGGAUUCUGGGAGUCGUCCAUCAACCACAGCUGGUGGGCAUGUUCCAGGGAACACUGGUGUUGAGGGUGUGCAUAGAGUAAAGCACGGUUUGAUCCUUUGGCUAUUGCGAAAGCUGGCAACUUGUUUUCGAAAGCUGUUGUACUGCAGGCUUGUAGGUCCGUCCCUCUGAAUUGCAGAAAAGAUCUGCCUUGAUCUGCUGGCUCUGUAGCUUCCCAGAGGUAUCUGGCAGAUGCUGGACUAGAUGGGCUUCCUUGGGCCUGAUCUUGCAGGGCUCUUCUGUUCUUAAACUCUCUUGCAGUACAAGUGCCUUAUAUCCCCCAAAGAACAAAGGUAGUGGUGUGUUUUUAAACCUGAAUAACUGACGUUUUUCCAUGUAAGAUACACGUUACCUGGUUUCCUCACUGUCCCAUUUGAAGUUCGCACUGCAGCAAUGCAAUUCAUAUGCUAAAGGUUAUAUAGCGUAUAAUCCCAGGUGUAAGGCUGUGAUAUAAUCCCAGGCUGAGUAAGCACUGAGAAAAUGUGAAUUCAUUCAUUCAUUCAAUUUCUAUACCACCCUUCCAAAAACGGCUCCGGGUGGUUUACACAGAGAAGUGAAUUGAUCUGAGUGCUCCAGAAAAAGUAUUACAGUGCUUUAAUAGGUUUGUUUUUUAAAGUACCAAAACACUUAUAUACUGGUCAUCUAGUCUGUGGUCUUAAAAAGCCACGAACAUCUGCAUAGCAGCCUUGGCACUUUGCAGACGUUUCCAGCUUAUUGGCGUAAUUAAAGCUAGCUUCAUUUAACAGCUCCAGCCUAGGGUGUGCCCAUGCGUGUGUACUUUUAGAGAGUUUUGGGCAGGUGCUUGCAUGAUCUUCUUGUAAAUUGUGCUAAAUGUGUUUUUUUUAAAUUAAUAUAUACGUGGUUCCUGCCCGAUGAUGCAGAGGUGGUUGUCUUCAGUGUGAAACCAGCAUAAUGAAUUAAAAGGGAGGAUUUAAGGCUG